AUGCCCACACCCCCGCCAGCCAUUCUGCCAGCCGAGCCCGCAACAUUCCGCCAGCCCACCACCCCACCAGCCAUUCUGCCAGCCGAGCCCAUAUCAUCUCGCCAGUCUCCCACCUCGUCGGCCGUUAUGCCAGCCAAGCCCACAUCCCAAUCACAACCCGUAGCACAACAACUCCAACCAAAUGAUGUCAACCAGAUACAGCAACAACCGGGGAUGUCCCGUCCUCAACCGAAUAGAUCCACUAUCAUCGAUCACAAUGUCCACCAAACGUCAUCAUCCGCAAAAGAUCACACCUGUAGCGACACCAUCACCAAUCCUUCGUGCACCGAUAAUCCAGCAGCAGAAACACCUGAAACAACCAAUAAUCCAUCAGUCCUGCCUCCACUGUCGAAGCGAAGCGACCGCUCGCUGCUGCUGCCUACGAGAUACAGUCCACCGCUCAACCGAGCAAAUCCCGGAGCAUUAGCGCUGUCCCUUCAGACCGCUCCACAACUCGACCCCACCAGUGGUAAUCGAUUGUGGAUACCGGCUUGA